AUGAGCAAAAUUUCGAAAGAAGCAUUCGAAUAUCUUAAUAAACUCAGAUAAAAUCCAUAGAUUGCUAUCCCUAAGUUAUAAGAACAUCUCAAAUUGUUUAAAGGAAAUGUUGUAUACAAACCAGGAGAAAUUCCUUUACAAACUAAUGAAGGCCCUAAAGUUGUCAAUGGUUAAUAUUUUAUCCUAUAUUUAUUUCAGAAUGCAUUUCAUUCUUAUAGAAUCAAAAGCCUGUAGGUCCAUUAACUUGGAGUAAGGGUUUGGAAUGUGCAGCAAGAGAUCAUGUAAAAGAUACAGGACCAAAAGGUGUUACAGGCCAUACUGGUACAGAUGGAUCAUCAAUGAGUGAUAGAAUUGAAAGAUAUGGUGAAUGGGAUGUAACAAUAGGAGAAAAUAUUAGUUAUGGUCAAACAACUGGAGAAGAUGGUAUUAAUAUCUAUUUUAUUAAUAUAGUCAUCAUCUAAUUGAUUAUUGAUGAUGGAGUAUCAUCAAGAGGACAUAGAAAAAAUUGUUUUAAAGCAGAAUUUGGAGCAGUAGGUAUUUUCGAUGGAGAACAUAAAUAAUUCAAAACUUAAUGUGUUUUUGAUUUUGCGGGAGCUUUCUAAGACAAUGCUGGAUUAGAUACUAAUGGUGGAAAUUAAUAAUAAGGUGGAGCUCCAUAAAAGGAAGGAGGUUAAAGUGCCCCUAUGCAAUCUAGAGAUUAAGGAGCCCCUGCUAAAGCAUAAUCUAAAGAUCCUGAUGACAAAAUUGUCAAAGAUGCUUUUGAUUAUUUGAAUCAAGUUAGAUAAAAUCCAACCCUCCCCAUACCUAAGUUAUAAGAACUGAUGAAGUUAUUCAAAGGUAGCGUACUUCAUAAACCUGGGGAGAUUCCAUUAUAAACAAAUGAGGGUACUAAAGUUAUCCAAGGUAUAAAUAACGAAUAAUUAUUUAGAAUUAAUUGCAUUUUUACAAAAACAAUAGCCUUUAUAACCAUUAACUUAUGAUAAGGGAUUAGAGUAAGCUUGUAUUGAUCAUGUUAAUGAUACAGGUCCAAAAGGUGUAUGUGGUCACACUGGUACUGAUGGAUCAUCUCUAUCUGACAGAAUUGAAAGGUAUGGAGAAUGGAACGGCAAAAUAGGAGAAAAUAUCAGUUAUGGCCAAAAGAAUGGUUAAGAUGUCAUCAUUUAAUUACUAAUUGAUGAUGGAGUAGGAACAAGAGGUCAUAGAAAAAACUGUUUUAGUCCUGACUUCUUCUUAGUUGGAAUUGCAGCAGGAGACCAUAAAUAAUAUUAAACUUAAUGCGUUUUUGAUUUUGCAGGUGAAUUCACUCCAAAGGGAGCUCAAGGUUAAAAGCCUAAAGCACAAUAAUAAUCCUAACCUUAAAGUAUGAAAGAUUAAAUGAAAAAUAUGAUGUUAGGUGGCAAAGGCGGUAAUGUAGGUGCUCAAGCUCCAUAAAAUGAAGAAGAAGGUAUUUAAAUAUAUAAGAUUUUUUUUAGAAAAAUUACCUCCAGGAUGUGUUUCAGUUAGUACUUCAACUGCAAUCACUGUUAAGAAUGGAUAAAAAAUUACAAAAAUAACUAAGACAUAUAAAUUUAAGGAUGGAUCAACCAAAACUGCAGUCUAAACUCUAACUGAAGGUUGACA